AUGACCGGCUCCGCCGCCGACACUCACCACUGCCCCCACCCCAAGGGCGCCAAAGGCACCCGGUCCCGGAGCAGCCACGCGCGGCCGGUGAGCCUCGCCACGAGCGGGGGCUCGGAAGAGGAGGACAAAGACGGCGGGGUGCUGUUUCACGUUAACAAGAGCGGCUUCCCCAUCGACAGCCACACCUGGGAGCGCAUGUGGAUGCACGUGGCCAAGGUGCACCCCAAGGGGGGAGAAAUGGUGGGCGCCAUCAGGAACGCCGCCUUCUUGGCAAAGCCUUCAAUACCCCAAGUCCCAAACUACAGGCUGUCGAUGACGAUCCCAGACUGGCUCCAGGCGAUCCAGAAUUACAUGAAGACACUACAAUACAAUCACACAGGGACCCAGUUCUUUGAAAUUAGGAAAAUGAGACCGCUGAGUGGGUUAAUGGAAACAGCAAAAGAAAUGACCCGAGAGUCCUUGCCUAUCAAAUGCCUUGAAGCUGUCAUCCUGGGCAUAUACUUAACCAACGGGCAGCCUUCCAUUGAGCGAUUCCCCAUCAGCUUUAAAACCUAUUUCUCAGGAAACUACUUUCACCACGUUGUGCUGGGAAUUUACUGCAAUGGCUGCUAUGGCUCCCUGGGCAUGAGCCGAAGGGCUGAGCUGAUGGACAAGCCGUUGACCUUUCGGACGCUGAGUGACCUCGUCUUUGACUUUGAAGACUCCUACAAGAAAUACCUGCACACGGUCAAGAAGGUCAAGAUUGGGCUGUAUGUCCCCCAUGAGCCUCAUAGCUUCCAGCCCAUUGAGUGGAAGCAGCUGGUCCUCAACGUCUCAAAGAUGUUGAGGGCUGACAUAAGGAAGGAGCUGGAGAAAUACGCGAGGGACAUGAGAAUGAAGAUCCUGAAACCUGCAAGUGCCCACUCUCCUACCCAAGUGAGAAGCCGGGGAAAAUCCCUGUCCCCACGAAGGAGACAGGCAAGCCCUCCGAGACGGCUCGGCAGACGAGACAAAUCAUGCCUGUUUCCGCCAUUGCUACAGUCUAGAACCCAGGACACCUUGCUUCCUAGAGGGAUGCUUGGAGAAAAGCAGUUUCUCAGCUUCUGCCCGUGGCUCCCAGCAAGCAUGUUUUUCUCCAGGCCUGCACUGCCUGAAAAGAAGGUGGCUGACCUCAGCACUCUGAACGAAGUGGGCUAUCAAAUCCGAAUUUAGCUUGGCCACAGUGGCCGCUAAGAGCUUCUACAGUGCUUCUCUCUGCACGCUACCCAGAGUCUUCAGGAGGAACUGUAACUUUUAACAACGUAUGAAUUUUAUUUUUCAGGAUUCCCCUGGAAAUAGAAUCUCAGCGGGUGGUAACAAUUAACCUUAAAAAAUUCACGAAGGGGCAACCAGGAAAACACCAAAGAACAAGCCCCACUGGGGCUGGGUUGUCCCCUCACUCAAGGUUCCCAGGACACCCACCCUAACUGUGGUUUUGUAUUUUUCCAGCACCUUUCUUUUCCUUGCUCUGAACAUUAUGCCUCACUGGUAGUCCAGGCUCCUGGAAUCCUCCCUCCCGCUCUUGGUGCAGUAUGGCCACUCAGUCAGUACUAAUGUCCUUCUCAGCAAUAACGGAAGCGGCGACGGGUGGGUUUUUAAGCAGUCGGUGUUACCUCAGCACCCUGACAUCAGAUAUGCAAACUUAGCCUGUUGUGUUUUUUAAUAUUCUAUUUGUACUGUUUCCCCAAUAUUUCUCAUGGGGAUCUCCACAAGUUUGGAGGUUUUUGUUUUUCCUGGUGCACACAUGUGAUGAGAUUUAAGGUAUUUUGUACAAGUGUUUUACUAAAAAGCACUGAAAUUCUUCUGGCAAUAUGGGAAACCACCUUCAGGAUCUUGGAGUUACUUCCUUCUUAAUCUUUCUUAAAGCAUUCACUGACAGUUUUUGUCCUUUCAAAACAAAAUAAAAACCACAUGUAGAAGCAGGUGUAUGUUCUGUCACUAACAUUUAAACUUUGCAGAUUCCAGCAGAAAGCCCAGGAGGCCGAGCCCUGUCACACAUAUCUGGUAGUGUUGCAGUGACCUCUGGCAGUGUCACCCUCAGAAAGACCAGCAGCCAGGAGUGAGUCCGUAGGUCGAGAACCAGAAAGCCUUUCUGUCCACAUUUCAUCCGAUUUUUGAACUCUGAGUCAGGCUGAUUCUGAGGACUAACUGCUGUUAGAGAUGUUUUCUGAUGUCUUAUAUUAAGACCAAUAUGACAUAAUGUGAUUUUUUUUCCCCCAGUACCUUGCUUUUCAGGUACCACUUGAUGACAUUUGGGAACAAGUAGUGGAAAAUACAAUGAAUUAGAGAAUCAGAACUUUUUUUUUUAAUGGAAAACUCUUCCGGUACAGUGUUACACCUUAUAGUGUGAUUACUCCACGAAGCACAGUAUAAGCAUCUGGCCUGCAUACUCAAUGGCCACGCAGAGUGGCCCUAAGAACAUACACAGUCUGUGUGUUACCAAGAGUACAGCUUCUAUUUCAUUUCUUUUAUCUCGGCAACCAUGCCAACUGAUAACACCAAAAGGCAUUUUAAGUGAAGCUUGCUACAACAGACAUGUUACUUCAGUCUCAUUGCUUCUCUCUGGCUGUCUGACCCAAGGUGGCUAUAGGAAGGGAGUUAAAAAAAAAAAAAAAUCUGUCCACUGAGAUUUUUUCCGGUAAAACUGCUGGCGGUGACAUGAAAAGCAAAACCUUAUCCUUCACCAUGUGCACAAGAGCCCAUUUUUCCCUAAAAAUCAGUAUUAUUAAUGGAAAGUAUUGUUUUCUUUAAAGAAGUCUAAUGUCCUUUAUGUGAAUAGGUGCAAGCAAGUGUGCAUCUCCAUUACAUUAAAAUGCAGUACAUGUUAAAAAUCCUGACCUCACUUCCUUCAAGUAUAUCACUACCAGUUAGGACAACUUACAGUGAGUCAUCUGUGUACACCUUCACAAGGCAAACCCAGAUAUGCCGCGUGUACUCAGAGGUCUGGAGUAGUCCCUGAGUCAUUUCUGUCUCAUUCUGGAACAAUACUGAUUUAGCCAUUUCUGUAGCGAUCUAUACCUUCUGUUUAUCAAUCUGAAACUUUAUUGUAUCCAACCUUCAGUCUGAGACUUUAUCGUAUCCGAUCAUAUCAUUUGCAAGCAUUCUAAGAAUUUGGAGUAGGAUUUGCCAAGUAUUCCUGUUGUCCGUUCUCAGAUACAGAAGGUCAGAUAGUGGCACAGUCUCUUGUUUCCCACAAAAACGGGGAAAAGAACAGGAACACAAACUCUUUCUAAUGUCCUGAUAUAUAAGUCUUAAAACUAUCAACUGACUUGAUGAUUCAAUUUGUAACCUAACUUCUUCCACCCUCGUUUCUUGAUUUUCAAAUACACUUCCAACAGCAAAAGUUAAUCACAGAAACAUGAAAAUUCAUUUCAAGUAUUCUUAGUGGUCAUUCUGAUUUCCUAUGGAAUAUGUUAAUUUCUAAAAUGGUAAGGGAAAGGCACCAAGCCCUUGAAUUCUAGUGCAAUAAUUAAAAACCUCAUUAAGGCAAGGAAAAAAAAAUGACGUAUUUUACCCCUCAAAAUUGAUUUUAAGACUGGCUAUAACUCAAAAGAUAAAAUUGAAACUAUGAUUUGAAAUCUAGUUUUAAAAAAGCUAUUAACGCAAGAUAAGUUUUAUGCUUAAGCCGUCAUGGCAAUAUAUGCAAAGUUUAAAUGAGUGACAGAAUCUUGAUUUUAGACUCCAUGUUGUCCUGUUUUGAGUAUACUUUGUAUUCUCUGUACACUGAUUUUAGACUCCAUUGUGUUUUGAGUACACCUUAUUUUUUCUAUACACUGAAAUCAUGCGCAUUACACUUUUUCUAAGUCAAUUAUUUCAUAAGGAUUUUAUUAAUAGAUAUUGGUAAACAGUACUUUGGAAAUUUUAAUUCAGUAUUCUUAUUAUACCUGAGUCUUUUGUAAGCUACCGUUUUAUGUACAAUCUUGGACAAUUUUUUUGACAUACACAAUUCCGAAUUUGUUUAUUCUCUUGGACUUUGUUCUGGCCAAUACAUUUUUUUAAAUCUUAAAAAAACUGUGAUUGUUCUAGUGGUAUUUUUCUAAGUAAAUGAAAACUUGUACAAUGGUAUUUUAAAGAAUGCUCGAUAAGUGCAUGUCGCAAGUUAGUGUUUUUCUCAUUACUUGUAUGUUUAUAGACAGCAUGGGACUUUAAUAAAAUCAUCCUGGAAACUUAGAGUCUAACUUUUUUUCCUUCUAAAAAAUGUAAGCUGGUGUGAUUUUUUUCUUGUCCUCUCCUUACAUACUUGUUUUAGAGAGCCAAUUUACUAUUCUCUCACUGUCUUCUUUCACAAUUUUCAGAUUCUGUACAAACAUCACUAUUCUGGCGUAUCUCAGUUUACUCAUUUUUCAGCAUCACCCUGGGCAAUAAAGGCUGGAAAGGGUAAUGGAAUAGUUUAGAAGGGGCAACAGGCUGGCUCACACCUAAGUGCACCUUCUACGAGACCUUCAGGCACAGGUGUGCUAGUAGACUAAUUUAUCAGGUAAUUUACAAAGUGCAAGUAAACUGACACCUGUCUCCCCACCCACCUGAACUCUCUGGAUCCCUAGCUUUGAUUUUUAAGAAAGUAAAGGAUUAAAAGCAGACAGUUGCUAAAUUCUAAAACAAGAUGAAGUUUUCAAACAUCCACACUAUCUUGAUAUCAAAAGGUAAAACCCAAAUUUCAUUACGAUUCCUCUUUCCAUUUAAAACUGGAAUAAUACAGCACCAGAGACAGCACGGAAA